AUGAACAAUCAUGAUGGGUUUGAAAAAUCACUCUAUGACCUUAUAAAAGGUCUACGGAAUCAUCGAGGGGCAGAAGAGGAUUAUAUCCAAAACAGUCUUCGAGAAUGUAAGGCGGAGAUCAAAUCGCAAGACAUGGACAAGAAAGCAACGGCGCUCUUAAAGCUCAUAUACUUAGAAAUGUUCGGAUACGAUAUGUCUUGGGCUUCAUUCCAUGUUCUAGAGGUCAUGUCAUGCGCAAAAUACUUGCAAAAAAGAGUGGGUUACCUUGGAGCGGUGCAAAGCUUCAGGCCGGAUACCGAAGUAUUAAUGCUGGCUACAAAUUUACUCAAAAAGGACAUUAUAUCUUCAGGUAUACCUAAUAUGUCGCUUCCACUCAUCACGUUACCACACAUCAUCACCCCCUCGCUUGCCAUCUCUUUACUUGGGGACAUUUUACCACGGCUAUCUCAUUCCCAUGUUGCGAUUCGCAAGAAAGCAGUUGUGUGUCUCUAUAGGCUCGCACUGGUUUAUCCCGAGGCGCUCAAGCUAGCGUGGCCUAAAAUUAAAGAUCGGCUUAUGGAUGAUGAAGAAGAUAGCAGCGUCAUCACGGCAGUCAUCAAUGUUGUUUGCGAGCUUGGGUGGAGAAGGCCGCAUGAUUUUCUCCCACUUGCACCGAGAUUUUUUUAUUUACUUGUUGAGGGGGGCAAUAAUUGGAUGGCUAUAAAAAUAAUAAAACUUUUUACAACCUUGACUCCACUAGAACCACGCUUAGUGCGGAAGCUUCUCCAGCCAUUAACAAAUAUUAUCCAAACAACAAAUGCCAUGUCACUUCUAUAUGAGUGCAUUAAUGGUAUUAUCCAAUGUGGUAUUCUUGAUGGAGAUGAUGCUCUUCGAGAGAACUAUGAAAUUGCACGGGUCUGUGUCGGAAAACUACGAGGCAUGAUUGUCACGGAUGCUGAUCCAAACCUUAAGUAUGUUGCACUCCUUGCAUUCAAUCGUAUUGUGGUGUCACAUCCUACCUUGGUGUCAAUGCAGCAGGACGUCAUCAUGGAGUGCUUGGAGGAUGCAGACGUCUCCAUUCGCUUACAAGCUCUUGAGCUUGCAGCCAGAAUGGUUACGAGUGAUACGUUACAGCCAGUGGUCAACCGCCUAAUAAGCCAACUAACCAACCCUUCGCGGUCAACGGACAAAGAUCUUCCAGAUGCUGAGAGUGAUGACUCGGGAAACCAGGUGGAAACCCGUAAAGCAGACUGCUCGUUUACAUUACCAAAUGAAUACCGGAUCGAGGUUCUCCAUCGAAUCCUGGAUAUAUGCUCUCACGAUAACUACUCGGAGUUACCUGACUUUGAAUGGUAUAUCGAGAUUUUGGUCCAAUUAGUCAAGCUUCUUCCUCGAGGUAUUGAAGAAUAUGUCUCUUCGCCCACUAUUCAUCAAGAGAGUACGAGUGGUUUCGAAAGAGAUGCCGCGUCCCGAAUUGGGUAUGAAAUACGCAACGUUGCAGUUCGUGUGAGGAGCGUUCGGAUGGAAACGACUAGGGCAGCAGAAUCAUUGGUUAUAACCCUGAUUUCUAAGCUGUCAAGUUUUAACGACGGUAUUCUAGGGCCUCUUGCUUGGAUAGUCGGCGAAUACGCGGAGUAUCUUCAAUGUCCUGGUCGGACACUUCAUUCAUUGAUUGAUACAUCCAACUUGAAGUUGCCAGCAAAGGCGCUGUCUCUUUGUCUACAGGCCAUCCCAAAAGUGCUCGUCCAUAUAAUACAUGACGGCGAAACCUGGGAUGCAUCCUUUCAAAUUGAAUCUUCGCUAUUCCUGGCGCGUGUCAUAGAGUUCCUUGAGCCUUUGUCGGCUCAUCCCGAUUUAGAAGUGCAGGAAAGAGCUAUCGAAUUUCUUGAAGUUUUCCGUCUGGCAGCAGAAGUAAUCCAUUCAGAUACUUGCCAGUCACAAGAGAUGCCUUUUCUAUUAUCUUCUGUCAUUCCAAGCCUCUUCAUGGGGCUCGAACUCAACCCAGUUGCCGUCACUGCCCAAAGAAAAGUACCCUUCCCUGAGAGGCUCAUUCUUGACCAGAGUUUCAACGAUAACCUCUCGAGUUUGUUCCGCAACAGCAUCAGCUUUCCCGGUGAAGAAAACCGGAAACCCCUCCAAAGCUUCUAUCACUUCCAAGAUAUCCCAAAUUCCACUAAACAGUUCAGUGAUACCGCUCGGUUCGAAUCACAGUUGGCUACUUAUCAAAAUUUGGCCGGAACAUCGUCAACUGAUGAAGUCACUGCCCUGGCGAGGCGAAGAGCUGAACGCAAAGGAUACAAUAGAGACGAUCCUUUCUAUAUCGGGACGGCAGAUGAAUCGUCUGGCACAUCCACGCCAUUUCACCAAGUAUUCAAUGCUUCAAACGGCGCUGGGCUAGACAUUGAUUCUAUUCCCAUAAUAGAUCUUAAGGUGAACGAAGAGGGGGGCGAUCAUAGGAAUCCUAUGGUAGACCUCGAGAACCCAAGAAAGCCCAUGUGUCGCUCUCAACAAUACGACAUUGCUGUCGAUGAAACGAUUGGGAAUGAAGACCCCAUGGAGUUUGGGGCUGUUAAUAACUCUGGGAAGGCCAAACGAUCUCUACUUCAGAUCGACUCCAGUGGCCUUGGAAAGCUUUCACUUGGGGAUUAUACAGGCUCGGCUGGCGUUUCAAAGACCGAGGAAGAUGACAAUGAGAUGAAUAAGGCCAUGCAGGAGGUGGAAAAGGUUAGGUUGAAGAUGCAAAGAGCAUCUGAGCGGGUCAACCCUGAAGGCAUUCCUGCAGAAGGGAUGCUUGUGAGGAAGAAAAAAAAGAGGGAGAGGAAGUCUGCCAUUAAUAACCAUGAAAAUGAUGGCAUAUUACCAAAUGACCAUGGCAUUCUCAUGAACAAUGAUGUCCAGCAAGGUCAUUCUGGUUCUGUUAUCCAGAAAAAGAAGAAAAGGGUGAAAAAGCGGCUGUCAACAUAG